AUGAGAUGCUUGACAUAUAUCACGACCGGGACGCUCUCCUUCCUGGUCUAUUCUCCGCGAUUGUCACCGUCUUCGUUGUUCAAGCAUCCCACGCUAAUUUUCGUGUCUUUCCUCAUCGAGUUAGUCGGCUUUCCUGAAAAAUUCAGGAGCCAACAGAUCUCUGAACGAUGUCCCUCCACCCAUCCAACCUUUCAACCCCCCACCGCCCACGAAUACCCGGAACAACGGUCUAUGGUCCCGGGUCUGUCGCAAGCUCUCGUCGGAAUGACCGCGGACAUAUUCCCCAGUCUCAUUUAUAGGCCUGGUCAAGUGGCAGAUCCCUGUGAUCGUCGAACUACUACCGGUCCUUCUCCACAAAAUUUAGGGCUACUUCGCGGAGUUCGUGGUACUCCUGAUUCCGCUACGUCGGACCGUUGCAUAUGUGGCCGCGGAGGAUACGCGAUGUAUACCUUCAUGGGCGUUUCCACGGAAGAGGCACCGAGUCUCCCAAUCUCCAUCUCUAAAGAGAGAUAUGGGAACAUCUUUUUUUCUUGGAACGCUACUUCAGGUGGAGAUAUGGAUUCCUGGAUCAACUUGGGAGAUGUUAUAGGAGUGAUUCAUUGGGUGGCUAUCAGACAGCAAUUUCCGUGGGAUUACGUCACCAUCUUCGGCCUUCGCGGUCUUCCGACUAUCGAUGGUGUGGCGCUCUUCUCAGUUCACGUGUAUGAUAUUGGAACUCUCCUAUUCCAUAUUGACAAAACCACUGAAUCGCGAUAA